AUGGAGCAUCUAAUACCAUGUAAAGAUUCGAUUUACUGUUUUGAUCAAUAUUCUCCCGAAAAAUCCUUAAGUCAUAAUCAAACUUAUUCACAUCCGUGUUGUUUCUCUGAAUUAUGUCGAAAUAUUCAUGACAUACCUCAUAGUAUACAAUUUACGCAUAAUAAACACGAUGUGCCUCAAUGCAAAGAUGAUAUGAAUUGUUCUAACUUGACAGAUCCUGCUCAUCGUUCCUCUUAUCGACAUACUGAUUUACCGGAUUAUUUAGUUCCUUGUUCAAAUCAACAGCAAUGUCGCAAUUUUACUUCUGAACAUCGAAAGAAACAUUUUCAUGGAGAAAAAAUCGAUACACUUACAAUAAAUCAAAAUACUUCGAAAGGUAAAAAUAAAUUGGAGAAUAAAUGUGUACAUAAUUCCAUAAUAACUUUAGGAACAUCACAGAUAAAAGUAAACUUUGCAUCAAGAAAAGCUAAAAAUCAAUCUCAACAGGAUCAUUUUCAUUCAUCAGAGCCUGAUUGCAUUGCUAAGCGAACUAGACUUCAACAAAAGUUACGUGCGAAUAAAUCCUCAUCCGCAUUGAAUGAACAAUCUUCUCAUGUAGGGUUAUUUGAAAAUGAAGAAACUAAUCGUAAAGAUUUACUGGCUACCUUCUAUACAGAGGUAGCAGGUAGAAGUAGUAUUAUCGAAGCAACUGAUCGUGAUCAAUAUUAUAAUCCAACAGGAAGAAUUUAUGAUUUAGGCCGAGAUGAUGCAUUUAAUGGUUAUAGUAUUUUAAUUGCACAGUUUUAUAUAGAUUCGCAAUUCAAUGAUACAGCUAUGAAAGUACCAAUUGAUGCAUUAAAAGUUAAAGGAUUUCAGGUGAUACAUGUGAAAACAGAAGAUGAAUGCAUAACACAAAUGGCCUCGAAUCGUUAUGACAUUGUAUGGGUUAUAAGUACAAAUCAAAUACAAAAUUCAUCAUUCAUUUCAGCUCUAACAAAAUAUCAUUCAUCUGGUGGUGCUAUUUUCUUAUUUGCUGAUAAUGCGCCAUAUGUGUGUCAUGUAUCUGAAUUUCUUAAAACAAAAUUUGGUAUAACUGUCGAAGGUAAUUAUUACGGUGAUAAAACACUGGCAUACAAAGAAAAUGGUCAUCAGAAAACAGGACAUUUUGGUCAACAUGAUAUUUUUACGGGAAUAGAAAAUUUAUAUGAGGGUGUCACCAUUUGUCAUCCUGUCUUUUCAACACCAGCAAGUCGCACGAAAUUCACCGUCAUAGCAACUGCAACUGAUGGUAAUGCUAGUAUUGCCGUGUAUGAUCCGCCAGCAACAUCGACAGAAGGACGAUUAUGUUUAGAUUGUGGCUUUACUAAACUGUAUAUAAAAUGGGAUUCGGCAGGCACAGCUCGUUACAUUGUUAAUGCUAGUUGUUGGCUGCUUGGUAUGGAAAAACGUAUGAAACAGAAUAGACUAAACUAA